UUGUCAACACUCAUAUCUCAAUCUAGCAAGUAGAUCAUCCUCAUUUGCAGUUAGAAAAAGAACCACUUUUUCUAUCUUAGUCCAACAUAUGACAAAAACACAAAACACACUUAAAAGUAAAUUAUUUCAAUUUAAAGUUAAGUGUUAAUAAUCAGCUUCCAAAUGCUGUAGUCUAAAAUGGGUUCUCUUCAGUCCACAUUUCUUUACUUGAUUUUAUUACAUUCACUCAACAACAUUGCUGCUUUUAAGGAUCAAGAAUGGAAGAAAGCCACUGCAACUUAUGCCAAAGACACAGAGGGAUCUCUCAUUACAGAAGGAGCUUGUGGUUAUGGAGAUCUACACAAGGCUAGCUAUGGAAAACACAGUGUUGGAUUAAGCACAAUUUUGUUCAACAGAGGAAGUACAUGUGGUGCUUGCUAUGAGAUAAGAUGUGUUGAUCAUAUUUUGUGGUGUGUGCUUGGAAGUCCUUCUGUAAUUGUUACUGCAACUGAUUUCUGUCCUCCUAAUUAUGGACUCUCAAUUGAUUAUGGUGGCUGGUGUAACUUUCCAAGAGAACAUUUUGAGUUGUCACAAACUGCAUUUGCUGAAAUUGCCAAGAGGAAAGCUGAUAUUAUUCCGAUUCAAUAUCGAAGAGUGAAGUGUGAAAGAAGUGGUGGCUUAAAAUUCACAAUGAGUGGAAGUUCUCAUUUCUAUCAAGUCCUAAUAACUAAUGUGGGGCAAGAAGGUGAAGUAUUUGCUGUGAAAGUGAAGGGAUCUAGAACAGGAUGGAUACCAAUGGCAAGGAAUUGGGGAAUGAAUUGGCAUUGCAAUGUUAACCUUCAACAUCAGCCUUUAUCUUUUGAGGUAACCAGCAGCACUGGAAAAACACUCACAUCUUACAAUGUAGCACCACAAAACUGGCAAUUUGGACAGACAUUUCAAGGAAAACAAUUUUAGGCUUUUAAUAUGGUUACAUUUAGGGAUCUAUAUAGGAUAAGCUACAAAGAAUGAUUCAUGGAAUUAUGGUAGACCUUGAGUAAGUAUAUUUGUUCAUGAUUCAUGAUCAAAGAAUGGUUCAAGUGUGAUUGAAAAUGAUUAUUAUUAAAGAACAUUUUGUAAUAUAAAUUAGUUUGGGCCAAUGCUAUACAAUAUAAUUUCUUACAU